CAACCCGACAAUCGAACCCGAGACCCCUUCUCCGGCACUUGCGACCACUAGGCCAACGAUACAGUCAUAAAAAUAUCGUAAAAAAAUACACAACCUGUACAUAAUGGCCAUUCCUACGAAUUCAGAAACCCGCCUAGUAUCGCUAACUAUACUAUCUUCAACAUUACAAAAGCAAUACUCGACGACGUCAGUGACGUGAUAUAUUUUCGUUCGCCACACCGUAUCUGUAUUAAAAUACAGUAUUUUCACCACAGUGCUACAUUGUGAAUGAUACAACAUAUCCAAAGGUUUAAUAAAUAUGUGAAAAUGUGCAUAAACAGUGUAUAAGUUCGCGUAUUCAAUGGCAUCCGAUGUAAUACUACCAGCGCUAUUAUUAUGGCUGAUGUCGACCCUGGUGUCGGCUGGUCUGGUGAAGAGACAGGCUGAUGACUUGGAAGACCAAAUACCACCGUGCCGGACCUACAUGAUGGACGGCCUCCUCCAUUUAGACUGCUCCAAUAGAGAGCUGAAGGAAUUACCUGAAGAAUUGGAUUAUAAUGCUCAAGUAUUGCUUCUAUCGAACAACAAUUUCAAGACGUUCCCGCCACAACUAGAGAAUUUUUCUCGUGUGGAAACGCUCGACCUGUCACGGAACUAUCUGACUCAUACCAUUCCCAGCUAUUUACAAAACUGGGUCCAUUUACAAACUCUCAAUCUAUCAAAUAACCUCUACGACACAUGGACAACGACUGGACAAAAGUAUUACAUAAAAAAUUUAGACUUAUCAAAAAAUAAAAUUAACAUAGUAGAUGAAAAAGCAUUUACCACAAUGCCCUACUUAUAUUUCCUCGACUUAUCAGAGAACAGAAUUGACGAUUUGCCCGCCGGAGUGUUUUCCGAAGCGCACCACUUGGACAGUCUCAUUUUAUCCAGAAAUUACUUUUCUGACGUGCCCAGCUUCCAAUCUCCUUCUUUGAGAAGUUUACACAUGAGCAGCUGUCAGAUCGCAACUAUGAACGUCGACUCUCUCGUCGGAAUGGGCUCGCUCUUGGCUAUCGAUUUGUCUAUGAACCAGCUUGAAGAGAUUCCAGACAACCUCGCUUCGGACACGCUGCAGGAGCUAAAUUUAAGUUACAAUUCAAUAAAUUUGUUGACAGACAACAGCUUCUCGUCGUUACCGCACCUGGCGGUACUGGACCUGAGAGGAAAUGAGUUCAGGGAUGUAUGGUCGACUUCACACUUCUCUUCAAACCCGUUUUUGAGGGAGGUCUACGUGAAGGGAAAUCGGUGGAGCUGUGAAGGUUUCAGUGUCAAUCUCUUGUUGACUUAUGAGUUUUUGACAAAGGAACCGUCAAAGAUAGUAGACAGAGAGUCAUUAAUUUGCUACUCACCAUCCAAUGUGACACAGUUGAGCUGGCAGCAGGCUUACAUUAGGACGUGGCACCCAGUGGAGUCGAGUAGUCCGCCAUUCACGACUAUAGCGUUAAUGGUGGGUGUGAUCAUCGGGAUUGUGGUGACAUCGUGUGUGUGUCGAGGUCUAGUGGCCAUCACGAGAUCAUCAACAGAGCCCGCAAGGCCACCGCCCGAGACUACAGUUCUGAAUCUCAACGGUACAGCUACCCAGCCUCGGGCCGAGUCAGUUAUAUUACGAGUACCCUUGCGUGAGGAUCUCCCACCGAGCUAUGACGAAGCGCUCCUAAUGCCUCGCUUGAACUCAUCCUUUCAUUCUUUGCCAGAUUUUGUUGACGAAGAGGAACCGAGAAACUAUCGCAGAUCGAGAUCAAUUGGUGAUUUGACAGAAACUAGGCCAAGAAUAGCAGAUAGACGGUCUUUACGGCGUCCUGUUGAUAUACGUAUUACAAUUGAUGAGUAAACGAAAUUUUAUUGAAGUCAGUGAUUCUAUUUUAAUAUCUAUGAUUGAGGUUUAAAAAUGUUACAAAAAGUGCUAAAACAUGGCAGAUCCAAGGAAUCCAGAACUUUAGUACU